AUGGAAGGGAACCCUUACAUACACGUGCCGAGAACUCGUAACGGUGGCACGUUUAGACACUCCAAGGAUGUCGAGCUGCAUGCCAACGACUUCGAAUGGGACGGAAAGGUAGCAGAGCUGACGAGCAGUGAGCGAAUGCUGGUGGAUGAGUACAUGAGUAGGUGCAUGGCAGACUUAUGUCGUGCCGGUUCGUCGAGGUCGCUGGAAGAGGUCCCUGAAAAGCCUUGGGAGAUGCAUUUCUCUGCAUCAAAGCAUCAUUUUCCUCUCAAGAACUACAUCAUACAUGCGUUUCCGUUGCUGCGCAUCGUCGUGGGCAGAGAAGGCUCGCCUGCGUGGGUUUUAGAGUGUGGUUGCGGUACUGGGAGCACUCUGCUUCCAAUUAUGCGGGAAUGUACAAGCCAAGACGUUCACUUUGUAGGCUUCGACAUUUCACCAUCUGCGCUGUCACACUUUAGGAGCCAUGAGAUCGCACAGGGUUAUCUGCAGCGAAAUCGGCUUACACUGUUUCCCUUGGCGAUUGGUGCCCCUACCUGUUUCACAAUCGAGGACCCCACGACUCCGGUGGCGAAGCGGCAACGGAUUGACGAAAAUGCUACCCUUGUAGUGGAUGCCCUCACUGCAGCGGACAAAUCUCUCGAGGAUCAGAAGUUCGAUGCAAUUCUGCUUGUUUUUGUUCUUUCGGCGCUACCGACGGUUGAAAAGAUGCUUUCGGCUAUCAAACAGCUGAAGAGAGUUUUGAAGCAAGAUGGAAUUCUUCUUUUCAGGGAUUAUGCGCUUCCUGACCACAACUUUUUCCGCUUCGUGUCCAAAAUGGACAACAAGGUUGGAAACGUUGCUUUUGCAAAAGGCGACUGCACAACUCAGGUGUUCUUCUACAAGGAGUUUGCAGCCAAGCUGUUUUCCACUGCUGGCCUCGUGGAGGUGGACGACGUUCCGUCAAAGCUGACGUAUCACUGCAAUCGCAUUCUGAACCGAAAAAACGGGAAAAGAAUGGAUAAAAUUUUUAUCAACGGAACGUUUAAGCUAGCACCAAGCAGCUGA